CCACUUCUUCGUCUGCCUGCACUGGAGACCUUUAGUAGUGAGCGGCAGCGACCCGAAGCCGGCGGCCCAAGGUGCCGGACUGGGUCCGAGCGGCCCCGCCUGCCUGCCCCGCCUCCCUCCUGGGUCUCUGCCCCGCGCGCGGUUGCUGUGGCAGCGCCGGACGCAGAUCGAGCCGAGGCUGCCGCGGCCUCCACCUCCGCCUCCAAAGGCCUCCCCAGACCCCAGGCUGCUGCUCAGCUAGCGUCUCCGCCAUGCCUCGGGGGAGGCGCGGCGGCCGGGUGAGCGCCCUGGAGGACGGCCCGGAGGAGGAAGCGCCCCCGGCGGCGGCCGCGGUGCCCUCGGCGCUGUGGGCGUCCCAGCUGCAGCCGGAGGCGGCGGCCGGGCAGAUCCUGCUGCGUGGCAUCUUCGAGAUCGGGAGGAGCAGCUGUGACGUGGUGCUGAGCGAGCGGGCCCUCAGGUGGCGGCCCAUCCAACCCGAGCGCCCCGCGGGUGACUCCAAGUAUGAUGUUCUAUGUAAAGAAGAAUUUAUUGAACUCAAGGACAUAUUCUCUGUCAAACUGAAACGACGUUAUUCUGUUAAACAGCAGGGAAGUGGUACCUUAUUAGGUAUCACACUCUUCAUAUGUUUGAAAAAGGAACAAAAUAAAUUAAAAGAUUCUACGCUUGAUCUUAUUAAUUUAAGUGAAGACCACUGUGAUGUGUGGUUUAAACAAUUCAAGAAAAUUUUGGCUGGUUUUGCAAAUAGACCAAAGUCAUUAAAAAUAAUUCUUAACCCCCAAAGCCACAAAAAAGAAGCUACCCAGGUCUAUUAUGAGAAGGUUGAACCACUGUUGAGGACGGCAGGAAUAAAGACUGACGUAACAAUAACAGAAUAUGAAGGACAUGCUCUGUCACUCCUAAAGGAAUGUGAACUCCAGGAAUUUGAUGGUGUUGUCUGUGUUGGUGGAGAUGGAUCGGCCAGUGAAAUCGCCCAUGCUUUGCUUCUUAGAGCCCAGAAGAAUGCUGGGAAAGAAACAGACCGCAUCCUCACCCCUGUCCGUGCAGAGCUCCCUCUGGGUUUAAUACCAGCAGGCUCUACCAACGUACUGGCACAUUCUCUUCAUGGAAUCCCUCAUGUGGUAACUGCAACUUUGCACAUUAUAAUGGGACACAUACAACCUGUCGAUGUCUGCACCUUCAGCACCACUGACAAGUUUCUUCGCUUUGGGUUCUCAGCCAUGUUUGGCUUUGGGGGAAGAACUUUGGCUCUGGCAGAAAAACACCGAUGGAUGUCACCCAACCAACGAAGGGAUUUUGCUAUAAUUAAGUCACUGGCAAAACUUAAGCCUGAAGACUGUGAAAUAUCAUUUUUACCAUUUAUCAGCUCUCAGGAUUUACAAGAAAGGAAGGUGGAAGGAUCUCCCAAAUCUGUGAGUAAAGAUCAGUGGCAAACGAUCCAGGGUCAGAUCCUGAAUGUCAGCAUUAUGGCAAUUCCUUGCCUGUGUUCAGUGGCACCUAGAGGCUUGGCACCUAAUACCAGAUUAAAUAACGGAAGCAUGGCUCUUAUAAUUGCACGAAAUACUUCUCGGCCAGAAUUUAUAAAACACCUGAAAAGAUAUGCCAGUGUUAAGAAUCAGUUCAAUUUUCCAUUUGUUGAGACUUACAUUGUUGAAGAGGUUAAAGUUCGUCCGAGGACUAAUAGCGCACCCAAUCUAGAGGAGGAUGCUGGGAGGCAUGCAGCUGCUUCAGAAAACAAUUUCCCUUGGAAUGUAGAUGGUGAUUUAGUGGAAGUCGCAUCAGAGGUCCAUGUUAAAUUACACCCAAGACUUAUCAAUCUUUAUGGAGGAAGCAUGGAAGAAAUGAAUGAUUCUGAAGUUAACUGUAAUUGUUUAUAAAAGGAAUGUACAAAAUAGAAUUUUAAUGGGAGGGAAUAUGGUCAUUCUUUAAACAUAUCCUAAUAGGAAACAAAAUUCUUAUUUUUUAAAGAAAUUUGCUAUUUUGUUACUAAAAAUUAGCUUCUAGAGCUUUAAAAAAUUAGGCAAUAUAACCA